ACCGACCUUGAGCCGCUCGCUAAUCUUUAGUGUGCGCACAGACAGAAAGAGUCUGCUGAGUGUGCCUUCUGAAACAAGCCCUUAUUACUGUAUGAGGAGGACUCCACUUUUUCUGGGGCUUUUGCGGAUGAUUUUUUUUUAACCAUGGCUAUACAACCUUCCUGCAGUCGUCUUUAUGGAAUACGCUCUGUAUUUUAGGAUGAUCACACUGAUGGUUUUGGAAUAAAGGGAAUGGAUGGCACCCUGUGUAGCUACCAUGGACACUGAGGAAACUCAUGGUGUUUUGUCAAGCAGACUUCCAACAGUGGGCACGGCCGUAGAGGAAAUACCCUCGGCUGCAUCUUCGGAGGACGUGCAAUCGGCUCACUGUGUGCAGGAAGUACCAGACUGUGGAACUCCUAUCCAGUCAGCUGUUACAAGUCUCAGCACAUAUAGUCUUUGCAAUGAGGAGCCCUUCUGUAGGAUUUGCCACGAAGGCAGUAACAAUGGGGAUCUCCUGUCUCCAUGCGAGUGCUCUGGUAGUCUGGCAAUGGUGCACAGGAGUUGUUUGGAGCACUGGCUGACAGCCUCAAACACAAGUCACUGUGAACUGUGUCGCUUUGAAUUUGCCAUGGAACGCCUGCCAAAGCCACUCAGUGAGUGGCUGGAGAGUCCGGCUAUGCUGCACCAGAGAAGAACACUGUGUGGAGAUGCCAUCUGCUUGAUGUUCAUAACUCCAUUAGCAAGUCUCUCAGGCUGGCUCUGUGUCCAAGGGGCAAUAGACCUUUACUACAGCAGCAGUAUGGAAGCUAUUGGACUUAUCGUUCUGACUCUUGCACUAUUCACCAUCUACCUAUUCUGGACAAUUGUCUCUCUACGCUAUCACAUUCAUCUCUUCAGUAAGUGGAAAAAGACCAAUCAAAAUGUUCGGCUCCUAAUUCCACGACCAGCAAUAUUACCCUGCAGUCAGCAACACCCGCUCCUUGUUGAAAACUCAAGCAAAGACAAAACGAAGGAGACCGUGGUUUAGCAGGAUCUGUUUUUCUCUCCAGGUUGAAUUUACAGAAUUGGAACUCUCUGUGUGUUCCACUCCAAUCUGCUCAAUUCUGAAAACACGGAACUGUAAUUAUUUGUCAUUAUUAUUAUUAUUAUUAUUAUUAUUAUUAUUAUUAUUAUUAUUAUUUUUAAAAGUUUGGAAGCUUCCAGUUUUGUUAUCUUCUGAAUUAUACUGUUUUCUUACAUUUCAAAACAUUCACAUCAAAGACCUUGGAAAUUUUCAAUAUAAAAGCAGUCAGCUGGGGAGAUUUAAAACCAUAUUAUGGAAUGUCAUGAAAAGAAGAUAUCGAAGCUUUUCUAGGAUUUCAAAGUCAUCCUUUGAUUGUGGGCGAAAAAAAAAAUUAAAAAAAUAAGCGAGCAGUGCUUGGUUGUGCAACUAACCAAAAACUAAAAUCUGUUAUUUUCAAUUCAAUUACUUUUUUUGAGAUCAUUCAAAGCUGCUGAUUUUUGGUGCAACCCUUGAUAAUUAUCUAUAUCUGUUCAGUUAUUAUGGGGAUCUGAUAACUCAUUUUCUUGGAGGUGGAGGAGACAGAAUCUGAAUAUCCCAUUUAAUUGGAAUCAUCAAAAAGAUAUUAGUGUCAGGCUUGUACUGUAAUAAGCGUGCAGGCCACUCACUCACUAACCUAACAUACCAUGUAAUACUUGGCAGGCCAUGAGAGGUUAUUCAAAAUGCUACAUUUUAUUCCAGAUACCAGUGGGUUUGAGAAACCUGUAGUUAAAAGCACAUUUUACAUUUAGGCAUUUCAACAAAUCAAGAAGUACAGAACCCGGACAAUGUAUUUUCUUCAAUAAAAAAAAGGCUUUAUUUAAAGCAAUACAAAAUAAUGUCUAUAUUUUGGUACAGUAUGCAAGUUUAAUGAUCAAAUGACCGAAGACAUGAAUGGGAUUUCCCACACAAAGGCAAUAUUCAACGUUAGAGUAGAGCGUCUGCGUGCCGACAGUAUCAUGUCUCCAUUUUCCUUGACUUUCACAUUUUCAACAUUCCCACACAACUGAUGCAAUUUAAAUGUGUAGGUGCAGCCAGUGUAAUUGCAGUGCUAAAGGGACCAAAAUGAAGCAAUAUAUUUGUGAUACAAGAUAAUGCCAUUUACAAUAAGGCCAUUAACUCGCUGUGGUAUAUAUGACUUCACAAUAAAUUACUUGCAGUUACAUCAUAUUCAGUUGUCCUACAAGUUUUGUACACCA